UGAAAGAGGGGCGUGUCGGUGCUCGUAGAACGACGGCCGCGCGGCUGGAACCCGCUGGAAGAGAUACAGGCUACUUCUGAGCAGCAGCAGCAGCUGGUGGAGAAAUGGAGAUACAGUCCUAUUAUGCCAAGCUCUUGGGAGAGUUGAAUGAACAGCGGAAGAGGGACUUUUUCUGUGACUGCAGCAUCAUUGUGGAAGGGCGGAUCUUCAAGGCCCACAGGAACAUUUUGUUUGCCAAUAGUGGCUACUUCCGAGCCCUGCUCAUUCACUAUAUCCAGGACAGUGGGCGGCACAGCACCGCCUCUUUGGAUAUUGUCACCUCUGAUGCCUUCUCCACCAUCUUAGAUUUCCUCUAUUCUGGGAAGUUGGAUUUGUGUGGGGAAAACGUGAUUGAAGUCAUGUCAGCCGCCAGCUACCUGCAGAUGAAUGAUGUGGUGAACUUCUGCAAGACAUACAUCAGGUCAUCCCUCGAUAUCUGCCGAAAGAUGGAGAAGGAGGUGGCAGCGGCGGCGGCUGCGGCUCAUCAGGUAGAGAGUGGAAGCCCCGGUGCAGGCAGGGAAGGAACCUCCUGUGACACCAAGAGCUUGGUCUCCUGUCUAGCAGAGGGAGAAGAGAGUGUGGACCGUCCAAGAGAGUCCCCUUGUGGUGGCUGCAGAGGCUGCCACCCCCUGGAAAUGGUGGUGAAAGACAGCCAGGGCAGUGGCUCAUCCGACAGUGACCUCUCCAGCCUGCCCAAACAGAUAGAGCCCAAGGUGGAGUUCGACGCCGAUGAAGUGGAGGUGGAGGUUGGUGAACAGCUGCAGCACUAUGCUGCCCCGCUCAGCCUGACCCACACGGACGAGGGUUUGCCCAGUGGCCAGGCCAUCGAUUUGGCUUACGGUAACUUCCACGUGAAGCAGUUCCUGGAGGCUCUCCUGCGCAACAGUGCUGUCCAGGGCAAAGAUGAUGCAGACCAUCCUUUUUCUCGGAGUUUGGAGGGAAGACCCGAUGGUGCAGGAGGAGCCAUGAGUUCCGUGAUGGGUGUCCAGACUGCCUGGUAUGGAGAGGACUCAGGUGAUGUGCUGGUGGUCCCCAUCAAGCUUCACAAGUGUCCUUUCUGCCCUUACACCGCCAAACAGAAGGGCAUCCUUAAGCGGCACAUCCGCUCACACACGGGCGAGCGGCCCUACCCCUGUGAGACCUGUGGCAAGAGGUUCACUCGCCAGGAGCACCUGCGGAGUCACGCGCUGAGCGUGCACAGAUCCAACCGUCCGAUCAUCUGCAAGGGCUGCAGAAGAACCUUCACCAGUCACCUGUCACAGGGGCUGCGGCGCUUUGGGCUGUGUGACAGCUGCACUUGCGUUACAGACGCACAUGAUGAUGAGGACUAUCUGGUGCCCAUCAACCUUAGCCUGGUGGAGGUUUCAUCCGAAAGCCAAGAGAAGAGUGACACAGACAAUGACUGGCCCAUCUAUGUGGAGUCUGGUGAGGAAAACGACCCCACCGGAGAUGAUUCCUAUGACAGACUGCCAACUCGGCCCACCUUAUCAGAUGCAGAGACGCUUACAUAGCAACAAAUUGGCGUGCAAGAGGUUUUAGAAUUUAUUAUUGCUCAUUCUGUGGUUGAAAGCCACCAUUUGUCCAAUUUUGUGGAAUGCUGAGAGAAACAUGUUUUCACUGUUAAUGCAUUG